AUGGGACGCAAAAAGAUUCAAAUCAAGACAAUCACGGACGAGCGUAAUCGACAGGUGACGUUCCAGAAGCGCCGCUUCGGUCUCAUGAAGAAGGCCAUGGAACUCAGCGUCCUCUGCGACUGCCAGAUCGGCCUCAUCAUCUUCAACUCCAACAACAAGCUCGUCCAGUAUUCGUCACACGAUAUCGACUCCAUCCUUCUCCGAUACACCGAGUACAACGAUUCAUGCGAGACCUACACGAACAAAGAGUUUCUCAGUGUCACAGAGAACAAAGAAGACGAAGGAGAGGAGGACCUCUCAGCUGCAGGAGACGAUAGGAGCAUCAUGUCGGUAACACCGCAACCCCAGUCAAUGCCCCAGCCCACACCAUCCCAUCACACUCCAGGACAAGCUACCCUCCAGACGCCGCCUUCACAUCCUCACAGCAUGUCUCACACACCGCCACCAUCAGUUCAGACCCAUAUCCCAAGGAGCCCAUACCAAAUACCACCCAAUGUGGUUGUCCACCAACACCAGUAUGAUGCCUUCCAAUACCAGCAGACACCACUCGACCAGCAGUAUCGCCAGCAGCAACAACAGCAGCAGCAGCAGCAGUACAACCAACAUCAACUUUUCCUUCAACAACAACAGCAGCAACAACAACAGCAGCAGCAACAGCAAUUCCAGCAGCAACAGCAGCAGCUACAGUUACAGCAGCAGCAGCAACAACAGCAGCAACAGUUCCAACAACAACAUCAACACCUUCAGAUGACAGCACACACCCAAGCGCCUCAGAUCUCCAUGGCAGGACAGCCCAUGCAACAGAUGGCUGCUCAGAACAGGCAGUUCCAGCCUCAGCAGUUCCAGCAACCUGGAACUGUCUUUAUGAACCGAUCUAUUACCCAGGCCCCUAAUGGACAGAAUCUUCAGAUUCCCAUGUCCACGCCCAUGACCCUUCCCAUGCAACAACCCCAGCAAAUCCAACAAUUCCAGCAACAACAACAACAACAACAACAACAACAACAACAGCAACAACAACAACAGGAACAAUUACAACAAGGCCAACACACUCAACAAGUUCAACAGCAUCAACAACAACAGCAACAACAACAACAACAACAGCAACAGCAACAGGCCCAACAAAUUCAGCAGCAACAACAACAACAACAACAACAACAACAGCAGUUGCAGCAGGCCCAGCCCAUUUCUCAGUCCAACUCUCCCCUUUUGAACCACCCCACUCUCAUCAAGAUGGAGCCCUCGCCUGUCCAUAGCUCCCCCAUGACCGACACCUCCUCUGCCGCUACGACGCCUACUCCUAUCACGGUCACCAAUAUGAUGGCAGGAGGCACCUCGCCCGUUCUCAGUCCUACCAAUGGACUCAAGAAGCCCAAGAUGAACCUCCGCGUUCAUAUUCCCAUGGAGGGCAAGGAGAACGCCACGCUCACUGAUACCAUGGUCAAGACUGAGGAGUCGAGUGAACUGCCACCUAUCCAAAAGCGUCCAUUCGAAUCGGCUCCGAUGUCAUCGACACUUCCUUCGCAGUUUGCCAAGAACCUCCCUUCCCCCUCAACAUUCUAUCCCGAGUUCUACGCACCCCAGGCUGAACUCAGCCCUAUCGUCUUUGGCCAGACGCCGACCAGCGCACAGCCCAGCCCAGCAUUCAACUGGCCAGCUCCUAGGGAGACCAUGACACGUGUUCAUCAGCCCAGUCCCCUGGCCAAGGGACAAAAUGUCACCACGGCGGCUACCUCUGGAGCAGACGCGUCAGGAUCUACAGCCACAGGAAAGCUUGCGCCUCCGGGAUCGAAUCUAAAGUUGUCGAGCACGCCUGCCUUGACACCUUCCUCGUCUUCGCCCUCGACCAACCAUUCUGCCUCGACGGAUGGUUCACCCGUUUCGAACGCUCGUUCAAGAUCGAUGUCGAUCGAUGGCUAUGAUGCGAUGGAUGGACCUGCAGUGAAGAAAGCCAAGAAGAUUUGA